AUGGUUUUCGCCGACGUCAUUACUCGCUAGGUGGCGCGCGUGCACUAGAGGUUAUAGAAAAAUUAAAAUGGCGGACAAAUAUAAACAGUGGUCGGUGCAACGUCUAAAAUGCGAGCUUGCUCAAAGAGGUGCCGCAUGUGGGGGAAGGAAGAUCAAUCUGAUCGAAAGGCUUGAAUCGUAUGACAGAAAUAAGAAUUUCAGAGAAGAUCCCAUCAUAAUUCCAGAGCCAUUAGAUGUAUUCUGGCCUAUAACUGGCUUCCAGCAACUCAGACCAGAACACAGGAAGUCAAUGCCACAGUUAACAUAUCACCAGAUUGAACAAUACUUUCUGUAUAGAAUGGCAGAAGACAAAUAGAUGACAUCUGACCUUAAAGCCUUGGAAAAGGGCAAGGACCUUCUAAAUGGAGAGAGAAUUUUUGCAUGCAGCAUGUCAUCAGAUGAUGCACAUAUUUAUUUAUCUGGAAUAGUGGGUGCAGCAAUGAAACAAAAGUUAUCCUACAAUUUUAAAAUUGGAAUUGACAAAAGAACAGGAGAUCCUCUGAAUUCCCAUUGUGAAUGCCCUGCAGGCAAGAGGCCUCAUGGAACAUGUAAGCAUGUUGCUGCUGUUUUUCUUAUGGUGGAGAGCUUUGUGGAAAAGGGAAAUUUAGCAGUCAGGAAAGGUUGUACAGACAAUCUGCAAAGCUUUCAUGUGCCAAAGAAAAUAUAUGAUGGUAAACCACUGGCAGCAGAUAGAAUCCCUUGGAAAAGGAAGCACACCGAUGAAAUGCUGGAGGAUCCAAGGAAAGACAAGUACAUGAAAUUCUCAUCAGGCUACUCCAGUUACAUUUAUAACUGUAUGGUGAACUUCUGUUCCCAGUCCUCUACCAACAUAUCAUUGAGAUAUUUAACUCCUUCAACCAGUCUUCAGGUUGCAAGUAGAGACCAUGAUUACCUUCAACAACCUAUAACAGAGCAUCUUGUUGACAAAGCAGUUGCUGUCUCUCCAAAAGAUGCCAAGGACAUAGAGAAAUCUACAAGGAUGCAAGCCAAGAGUAAAACCUGGUUUGAUGAAAGAAAAUGGCGAAUUACUGCCUCACGUUUUGGUGACAUUGUAAAAAUGACUUGCCGCAGAGACACUAGAAAAUUGUGUUCUAGCAUUUAUCAACCGAAGUCAAUCAUUACCUAUCCCAUCAUUCAUGGUAGGCAGCAUGAAAGUAGAGCAAUUUCCAUGUUUGAAGAACUGACUCAUUUCAAAGUUAAAAAGUGUGGGUUAUUUGUGUCUGUCAAAUACCCUUUCCUUGGUGCUACACCAGAUGGUUUAGUAGAGAAUGAUGCCAUAGUAGAAGUUAAAUGCCCAUAUGGUGGUAGAGAUGUUGAUAUUAAACCAGGGAAGAAAUUCCCAUUUCUUGUUGAAUCAAAUGGUAAAAUUACAUUGAAAUCAAGUCAUAAAUACUAUGACCAAAUCCAAGGACAACUGUAUAUUUCAGGUAGAAAACUCUGCUAUUUCAUUGUUUACACAUUUUGUGACAUCUUGAUCUUGAAACUUGAAUAUGAUGAGGAAUAUUGUCUUUUUAGUUUAUUGCCAAAACUAGAAAUUUUCUACAAGAAACAUUUCAGACCAUAUGUUGCUUCUUGUUUGUAAUAGGCUUGUAUGCUAUUUUAUUUCAUGCACAUGUAAGCUUAUUUACAUAUUAUGCACACUUCAUUGUUGAAGUUGAAGUUUUUGGUGCACUAGAUAUAGCAGAAAGAAGAUAGAAUGUACAUUUUUUAAUGCAUUGGCUUGGUGUUUGCAUUUUCAUUUGAAGUUACAUUAAAUUAAGUCAUUCUCUUUCUGUGAAAUGAAACAAUCAGUCAUACUACUGUUCUGUAUCAAUAUAUUGUACAAUUAAUACUGCUGCUCUGAAAGGGGGGGGGGUGUAGAAUUUUUUAUCUUUUUGUCUGGC